AAUUCAGCAGUAGUAGAAAGAAGAAGCAAAGUAAUAAAUAGCAUUGGACUGCCAAACGCUGAAUACAGGUAUUUAUCUUCAGUCUCUAACCCGAAAGGGUUACUCUCCUUGGAAAAAGAAGAAGAAAAUAAAGUUGCAGGACACAAAAAUGUUGUGCCUUUGGAGUGCAGAUUUGUGUAUCCGGAAUUUCUACCUGAUCCAAGACUGGACCACCGUAACAGUUUACGAGAAAAGCUUGAGAGAAUGGAUAUGAUGAACCGCAGGAACCACAUUGAUAUACCUGAAUUUUACGUUGGAAGUGUACUGGCGGUUUCAUCUUCAAACCCACAUGCUCCAGAGAAAGUGACUCGCUUUGUUGGAAUUUGCAUCCAGCGUGGUGGUUGUGGAUUACGAGCAUUUUUCAUUAUUAGGAAUGUGGUUGACCAUCAAGGUGUGGAAAUGUUCUAUGAGAUGUAUAGUCCAGUUAUUCAGAAGAUUGAAGUGUUGCGUUUGGAGAAGAGAUUAGACAAUGAGCUCCUGUACCUGCGAGAUGCUCUACCAGAGUACAGCACUUUCCCCUUGGACAUGGAACCUGAGUACCUUCCUGAAGGAUCUGCAAUACCAGUCAACCCCAUCAAGGUGAAGCUGAAACCUCGACCUUGGUUAGAAAGGUGGGAGAGGCAAGAGCUGAAAGGUGUGCAGGAUCUGGGUCUUCCCAAGAGAUUCUACGAGAGGGCUGCAGCAGUAGCAAAGCCAUGGGAGAAGUAUGAUCUAAUGGCAGAAUAUAGGGAAUCAAUACCAGCUGAAGAGCAGGAGGAGAUCUUUGCAGAAGUUUAUUCGCAACUUCAUCAACUAGAAGUGACAAGGAAAAUAAUGAAGAGGAAACGAACAUUUGUCAAACCAAAGAAAAUGGGCUGAAGCAUAAGUCUUAUUAUUAGAAUGCUGAUUCCAUUUAAAAUGUGGUAAAAUGAAAGUUCCUGAGAAUGACUCUAAAAUAAAGGAAUGGUGUGGAUUUGAUGCAAUUACAUGAACAGAUUCAGUUCUGGAAGGACAUAAUGUUAUUCCCACAUGUCCAAUGUAUAACUGCAAAGAAGAAAAACUGCAAGUUUGCCAGCUGUUUUGUAUGGAUAACCUUGUCUUUCACUGUGCGAGCACUUCAGAACAAAGUGCUAAGGAAUGUACUUGGAAUUAAGAGGACUGGAGAGAAUUACAUAAUGUGUACUCUUCAUCUAAUAUUGUGAGAUUAAAGCAAGAAGAGUUGUUUGGAGCACAGGGAAAAUCAAAAGUGGGAAAUUAAUGGAAGAGACAGCCAACAAACCAAACUAUCUUAUCCACACAAUGUGGUAAGCUAUGUCUUCUGUACAAAAUAUAUUCUAAUUUGCCAUGUCUGUCAAAAUUAUAUUUAUAGCUGUCCAUGGUCUCAAACCUGGAUGAAAGUUUUACCAUAGGUUUUUUAUUCUUCUUUUUGAUCAGAUUUAAUCAAGUGAUGGUUAUACACCUCAAACCAGAUUCAAAACUUAUAUCUAACCUAAUCUUGUUGAUACUGGCAGGACUAAACACCAGAUGUAAUGAUUAUAUUGUUAUGAUGAUUGAACUGUCACCUUUGUUUUUGUGUGUUCUAUAUGAAGGUUACAUUAAGGAAAUUGAGGUAGAUAUUCUCUCAGAUACUUUGGAAGUUAAAGGAUAUUACAUUAUUGGAAAAGGAUUGCUCUGGAAAUUGUAAACCUCUGUGGCAGGGUAAGUCAAGACAAAUUAUGUUUUAGCAAAAACACUAUGAAAGACUACAAUUUUGGUAAUUAUA